UCACAACUCGGGCUCAAGUCACAUGCUGCACCUUUGAGAAAUGACACACGGACACCCUCUUACCCCCUCCAUCCUGCUGGGCUAAAGCUCAGCUCUAACCUUUCCAUCCAGUGAUGAGGUCCGCCCAGCACGGAGCUCAAAGAUACCAUUGUCCUGCUGGUCUUUAUAAAGGAAGCUGCCUGGAUUCUCCCAGGACGGAGCUGAGAACAACCGCAGCACUUCCUCCAAGAUGCUGCCGAUCCUGCUCUCAGUGGCCUUGCUGGCCCUGAGCUCAGCUCGGAGCCCGUUUUUUGAUUUAGAGGAUGCAAACUCAAACUCCGCUGAGAAGUUUCUGAGACCACCUCCUGGAGGCGGACCACCCAGGCCCCCUCCUCCUGAGGAAAGCCAAGGUGAGGGACAUCAGAAGAGACCACGACCACCUGGUGACGGACCAGAGCAGGGACCAGCCCCACCUGGUGCCAGACCCCCGCCCGGACCGCCCCCACCCGGACCACCGCCACCCGGACCAGCCCCACCUGGUGCCAGACCCCCGCCCGGACCACCCCCGCCCGGACCGCCCCCACCCGGACCAGCCCCACCUGGUGCCAGACCCCCGCCCGGACCGCCCCCACCCGGACCACCGCCACCCGGACCAGCCCCACCUGGUGCCAGACCCCCGCCCGGACCGCCCCCACCCGGACCACCGCCACCCGGACCAGCUCCACCGGGUGCCAGACCCCCGCCCGGACCGCCCCCACCCGGACCACCGCCACCCGGACCAGCCCCACCUGGUGCCAGACCCCCGCCCGGACCGCCCCCACCCGGACCACCGCCACCCGGACCAGCUCCACCGGGUGCCAGACCCCCGCCCGGACCGCCCCCACCCGGACCACCGCCACCCGGACCAGCCCCACCUGGUGCCAGACCCCCGCCCGGACCGCCCCCACCCGGACCACCGCCACCGGGACCAGCUCCACCAGGUGCCAGACCCCCACCGGGACCCCCACCACCCGGACCACCGCCACCCGGACCAGCCCCACCUGGUGCCAGACCCCCGCCCGGACCGCCCCCACCCGGACCACCGCCACCGGGACCAGCUCCACCAGGUGCCAGACCCCCACCGGGACCCCCACCACCCGGACCACCGCCACCCGGACCAGCUCCACCGGGUGCCAGACCCCCGCCCGGACCGCCCCCACCCGGACCACCGCCACCCGGACCAGCCCCACCUGGUGCCAGACCCCCGCCCGGACCGCCCCCACCCGGACCACCGCCACCGGGACCAGUUCCACCAGGUGCCAGACCCCCACCGGGACCCCCACCACCCGGACCACCGCCACCCGGACCAGCCCCACCUGGUGCCAGACCCCCGCCCGGACCGCCCCCACCCGGACCACCGCCACCCGGACCAGCCCCACCUGGCGCCAGACCCCCUCCCGGACCGCCCCCACCCGGACCGCCGCCACCCGGACCAGCCCCACCGGGUGCCAGACCCCCGCCACCCCCACCCCCACCCGCUGACGAACCCCAGCAGGGACCAGCCCCAUCCGGUGACAAACCAAAGAAGAAACCACCCCCACCCGCUGGCCCACCCCCACCCGGACCACCGUCACCCGGACCAGCCCCACCUGGAGCCAGACCCCCGCCGGGACCUCCACCACCCGGACCACCGCCACCCGGACCAGCUCCACCGGGUGCCAGACCCCCGCCCGGACCGCCCCCACCCGGACCACCGCCACCCGGACCAGCCCCACCUGGUGCCAGACCCCCGCCCGGACCGCCCCCACCCGGACCACCGCCACCCGGACCAGCCCCACCUGGCGCCAGACCCCCGCCCGGACCGCCCCCACCCGGACCACCGCCACCCGGACCAGCCCCACCUGGCGCCAGACCCCCGCCCGGACCGCCCCCACCCGGACCACCGCCACCCGGACCAGCCCCACCUGGCGCCAGACCCCCGCCCGGACCGCCCCCACCCGGACCACCGCCACCCGGACCCGCCCCACCGGGUGCCAGACCACCGCCGGGACCUCCACCACCAGGACCACCGCCACCCGGACCAGCCCCACCGGGUGCCAGACCCCCGCCCGGACCGCCCCCACCCGGACCGCCGCCACCCGGACCAGCCCCACCUGGCGCCAGACCCCCGCCCGGACCGCCCCCACCCGGACCGCCGCCACCCGGACCCGCCCCACCGGGUGCCAGACCCCCGCCCGGACCGCCCCCGCCCGGACCGCCGCCACCCGGACCAGCCCCACCUGGUCCCAGCCCACCAAGACCUCCACCAGGCCCGCCACCCCAGUGACCCGGAAUUCAAGGACAGGUAUGAUCCAGUUCCCUUUCCUCCCCUGGCCCGAAGCCCUGCAGGUGCAGAACUCUUCAGUGUUUUUCUUGUUUUGGUCAUGCCCAUGGCAUGUGGACGUUCCCUGUCCAGGCAUUGAACCUGGCCUGGCAGCGGUCACCACAGCCACCGCACGGACAUUGCUGGGUCUUUUACCUGCUAAGCCCGCAGGAAGCGCCUCAAACUUUUGGGUGUCCCUGAAGCAACUGGAACCAUGCUGAAACUGCCUAGCCCCAGGCCCGAGUUUUCAGGAUUUCCAGUCAGACAUCCCGGCAUAGAGUCGCAAGCCUUGGCAGGUUUCACAUCCUAUCCGAGGUGAUUCUCCACCCUCAGAAGCAGACAAAAAGUGCCUUUCCCCAGUCAUGACCUGUCUUACUCAAGUGCGCUGGGAACGAGCAAGGAGAGCUGUGCUCUGCCUUGGACCUCUCGUCCCCUCGUCCUCAGGCACACUGUCUUUCUGUCUCAGGUUUCACCUGACCAGGCCUCUCCGGUCCACUGUCACUGCGAAGCAAUACUGGAAAUACAUACGGCUGGAUGCUAGCUAGUUUAAAAACCUCUCCAGCAUGUGCUCAAGUUAAAACUAGUAAAGAGAAAGGCAAGAGGCCACCUCUCAGAGGCAUAGCACAUCCUCCCUCCCCACUUCCUUCCCGAAAGGGUACUCCGGUUCACGCUGUGGGACACCUCCCUGGACACAUUUUUACCUAUUUAAGUGCACACGCUUCUUUAGCCACACAGGAGAGCAUACGUCUCGAUUGCUAAUUUCAAAUAACGCAUUUCUUAGAACUCUGCCAGGCAAGCUCAUGGACCUCGGUGGAGCUAUCUGGACCCUUGUUUUUGUUGCUGCGGUUUUGUUUUAGCACGGCACACCAUCCAUUACCUGGCUGUGCCGUGGUUCCUUUACACACCACCCCUACCAGGCUGGAGUCAUUGCUCGGCUCUUCUGGAAUAUACGGCAGGAACUGUUUUGUUCACACACCACACACGUAUGCACAUUAUAGACAGCAAUUCAGAGAGAUGCAGCCUAAGAAGGAUCUGGCCAACAACAGUGCAGAGCCCAUUAUCUGCUGGGUACCUUCAGGCCAGGAACGAAAAGGAACGAGGCAGGGAAGAGGAGGAGGAGGAAGAAGAGAAGGACAAAUGUCGGGCUCUCGCCCGCUUCCCUUUAGUGAGUGGCCGGCGUUAGAAACCACCUGCCACACCUCUAUGACCUUGCUUUUCUGUGUUCCAGAAAAUGAGCGCGAAAACACCCGUCCUUCGGAGAGCCGUGACAUUGGAAUGUGACGGUUGAGCUUCGAUUACCAAUAAAAUCAUCUGCAUCCAGUUUCUAAGUGCCCCGUGUCAUUCUGGGUGUUUGGGAGGCUGACAUUCGAGGGCCAGGAUCGUGGCAUAGGAGCAUCCAAGACCCUGUGUCACUCUUGCGUCCAGCAGGUUUCCUCCCGGACCGCAUGUCUACAAAGCAUUUCUGCUUCGUCCUUUGCUUGCGGAAAAGAAUGUUUCUGUCCUUUUCUACCUGCCAGGGCCUCCUCCUCCUCCCCACUGACCACCGUAUUCACAGGCCAGGGGCCUGUCCCUGCCCUUCCCUGGGUUCUGCAGCACCAGUGUACCUACGGUGUUAUGACUUUCACACCUUUGACUGAGAUUCUAGGAAUUUUAGGGAAACAAGGAGAAUAAGCCAACGUGAAGGAGCUGCACAGGCUGAGGAAAUCCUUAAACUUGCUAAAGUAAUUCACCCUGCCGCGAGGGGCACAAACGUGACGCGAGGUCCCGUUCCCUCCAGCCCACCGUACCCAUCCCCCCUUUUGAUCAUGGCUGAGUGUUCACCCUCCCUCGUUUUCUCCCUCCCCGCUCUUUGGCAAUCCUGAGUGCGUUUCAUAAAGGAGGCAGGUAGCAUGCUGUAUUCGAAAAAGCGAGGUGUCUGGAUCAAUCACAGCGGGCUAACCUGCUGUAAGAACAGACCGGGCAGACAGUCAGAAGGCCUCGUGGAGGCACCAGCACCAUUAGCCACGACAGUGGCGCUGCAAGGGUCGGAGCCCCUCCCCGAAGGCCGCUCCAGUGUGUUGGCGGCUAGGGGUGCCGAGUCUGAAUCAGUGAGGUUCUGAAAUCCUGGAAGAGGGGAACCGCCCUCUCCGGAUUCCGCAGUUCACCAGGCAGGCUGCGGUUAAAGGCCACUGGGAAUUGAUGCCAUGCACGCCUCAGAUGACCCCAGGGCCACCAUCCACCUCAGAGCUUCGCAAUUUUCACGAUGACUAGGCAGUAAAGCAGCAUACACCCAGACACCAGCGUGACUUUCACCCUUGGGCCUUCAGCCUUGUCUUGCCUGGUCCAGUACAUUCCCGGACAUGGAGCUGUCGGCUUGAGAAGAUGAUCAAGAAGCCAGAUGCCACUGGGAAGCACGCUGACCGUCUCUCACAGCAGCCAGAGUGCCUGCUCUGUAGUCACCCUUAUUCAUUUUCACGUUGGUUACUGCGUAGUUCCCCUGGUGUCUGCUUUGCUUGUGUGCUCUGGCUAUCACUCCUGUGUACCGCACAUCUGAGAAACGUCUAUCUUCUUCUGAAUCUUGAACGUCUUUCACCUGAAUCUCUAUCUCUCGCUCUGACUCUGCUGAAUUCUAGUCAACUGAGGCUACACUUAGGCAUUUCAGGGUCCUUCCUCCUCACGCGGCAGGUAAUGUCCAUGAAGACAGCAGGGCGGGUGGGUGUGCCCGGUUAUGAGUCAUCUGCUGCUCUGUCUUUAUCUCCCCACGGGUCUCCAGUGGUUGGCCCCACAAUGGCACCCAUGAUGACUUUUGAGGCUCUAGCUGGUUCUGCUUGUCAGGCAACCUGUCACCAUCCCAUGGUGUGCCUCUGUCCAGUCUCUCUGCUUCGGCCAUUUUCCAGGCCAGUUCAUAUCUCUCUCGUUCACCUGGGAAAAGACUGUGCCAACGGGGGCAGAGAGGGACCGCUUGUCCAAUCGUCUUUGUUCAGUCAUUUCCCAUCCACUGUACAGCUUCUGGCUGGGCAAGCAGGUUCCUGCACAGGGUUUCAGCUGAAGGCCAUCCACAGAUAGCCUUGGCGUCAUUUUUCCAAGCGUCUUGGACAGACUGAUAUUUCCUCUGGCAAACCUCAAAAUCCUAUAGGUUUGGGGUGUGGGCCAGGUGUAGUGGGAGCUUAACAGAGCCUAAAAUGCAUUUCUCUCCAUCGCUUUCCCCUGAGGCAUUCUUCUCUGUCCCUAGGCCCAGGGAAUUUCUUUGUGACCGGAAACCCUUGCUCUUCAAGUAUUUCUGAAGCUUCCAGGCCAAAAAUAAACGUCCUCCUCUGUGUAUUUUUGCAGCUUCGAAUACCUUUGAUCGUAAGAGAAUUAUGGUUGUAGCCGGUGAGUCCAUAGUUCAGCUAAAAAUGUGGAGCCGGUUGCCACGUCUGAAUUACCAAGUGAGAUGCACAUGGGAGUUUCCCUAAGGAAUGGAAAAAACUGGGCUCUUCAGGACUGGGUGAGGCUACGGAACAAGGAGGAACCCAGGCCAGGAUGGAGGGACGAAGAAUUCCGAUGACACAACAGGGAAAGGAUGUUUGAAACUUAGAUUACCUGCAAUGCUCACAAGGAGCAAGUGCAUCUGAGGAGGAUCACAUUCUGCACAGGGAUUAUGGAAGGGAAAAGUGACAGGCAGAGGUGUUAUGGGAGCGCUCAGCUCUCAGGAAAAGGACAGCGCAAGUGGGGGACUGACAACAACAACAACAACUACUAAAAUAAAAAGUAAAGUAAACUAAAGAGGCAGGAACGUUCUUCUCAGAAAAAUAUCCUCCUUUACCACACUCUUCUAUCCUGGCAGCCUCCAGUCAGGUUCAGAGCUUUUGCGCCUAUGGCCUGAACCUAUCACCUCACAGAAACUAGCAGUGCUUCUCAAAUGUGUGGAAAACCCGUUGGAAGUGGGUUUUCUCCCAAAUUCCGUCACAAGACUCCUGACUGAGACCAUAAAGAAAAGGCACAUGCCUCAUGAGCUCUUCUUAGAGGCAGCAUAGGUUAAAAGUAGGAUAUUUUAGAACGGAGGGCUUUCUCUAAGAGUUUUAUAGUAACUUGUCAUAUCUAGGUGUUUAAUCAAUUUUGAGUUUAUUUUUAUGUAUGGUGUUAGGAAGUGUUCUAAUUUCACUCUUUUUCUUGUGGUUGUCCAGGUU